AUGAUAACCAAUGUUCUUAUCCGUUUCAUAUGGGUAAUCUACAUCCCAUUCUCCGGGCCCAAGAGUAUCUACUUGAGCCAGUUUAUUGCCGCUCUAUUAGAGGUCCUUCGACGAUGUCAAUGGAAUUUUUAUCGAUUAGAGAACGAACAUCUCGGUAACAUGGAUCAGUACCGUGUUACUCGGGAAGUUCCACUUCCGUACUCUUUGGACGACGACGCGGAGGAUGAUGACGACAAGCAAUGA